AUGGCGGCACCUCGAAGAUUCCUCAGCACCGCCUUGCUGCGCGUUGCCGCGCCGGCCGCCCCCCGAGCAUCCUCCUCCAUCACCACCAAGGUGGCUCCCGUCGCAAAUCGCUCCUACCACAUCCAGCGACGUCCCCUGAUCCCUCGCGCGGCCGCAGCCACGAAGAUCACCUCGCGCUCUUACUCCGACGACGCUAUCCCCGGCAGCCGACAGUGGAAUCACCUGGAUAUCAAGGAGCAGAUCAAGGCCAACGAGUCCUCGGACGACAAGCCCAGCGUAAUAUUUGUCGACGUACGAGAGCCAGAAGAGCUCUUUACCACGGGCAAGAUCCCCGGCGCCAUCAACAUCCCCAUCACCAGCGCCGUCCAGAGCUUCCACAUCUCAGACGAGGACUUUGUCGACCUCUACGGGUUCGAGCGCCCCGCCAAGGACGCGGAGCUCAUGUUCUACUGCAAGGCCGGCGUGAGGGCCAGGUCGGCCGCCGGCCUGGCGCAGCACGCUGGAUGGACAAACGUUGGGGAGUACUCGGGAAGCUGGAUCGACUGGCAGGCGCACAAUGGCCCCGUGGAGUAUAUCAAGGGCAAGAGGAGGUCUUGA